GCAAUAAUUCAAUAUCUUUUCAUUGUGUCUGGUCUCAUUUCGAAAUCUGUUCUGUUUUGGAUCAGACAUUAUCCUGUACAGCCUUGAUGUCCCCGUUUGAUCAACUAUGGACUAGCUCGACACCAGCUGUUUGAAACUAACUUCCUUUAUGUGAGGAUAAAUAAUGAGUUUGCUGUAUUAUCACUGUCGCCGUAUUAUCACACUUGGAUUUACGUAAUAAUCUUUGGAGCGGUUAAGGCUCAAGGCAGAAAUUUUACACUGGUGUGGGUUGGUAACCUUGUAGCCUACUUGUCUGGAGAGGAUUCUUUCAAGGGGACACGAACGAAACCUAAUAAGCGGUCCCAACAGUAAGCAGCGAGCACCGCGUCAUGUGAUGUGAAGUGUGUCUGUCGACCCUAAAGCUUUGACCUCUCGCCCCUGACCCCGUGAGGUCACAGAUGGUCCAUAUCUGGCCCGACCCGACCCAGGAGACGCCGUCUUCCUCCUCCUCCUCCUCCCUCCAUCCUGAACCUCAACAACAGUCAGUGAGCAGUGUGUUGUUGGUGUGUGUGUUGUGUUGCGGCUGAACGCUCCAGCGGCACCCUGACCACCUCCUAACACCACCCACCACCUUGGGCAUGCCUCAGCCGGGCAUGAAUGGGAUGGAGCCUGCGUUUGGCGAGGCGUAUGGGAGCCGUGGCUGUCUCCUCAGCCCCUACCCCCUGGCUGUUUCCCCCCUAGGGGGCAGGACCGAGUAUGACCAGAGCGUGCUACUGAUGCUGGGCUCUCCAGCGACGCCGCGGAAACGGCCCUUCGAGUUGCUAAGCGACCUGGUGGACGACGGGGGCUUCGGCGAGGAGCUGCACGUGGAGCGCUGGGAUGUGUCGGCGCUGGAUGACAUCACGCGGUACACAAAACUGGGCCUCGGGGGGGAGCUGGCGAGCACCGAGGACGCCGUGCUGAUGGGCCGUUGGAGCGGGACCCGGGAGGAAGAGGAGGAGGAGGAGGGGAGGAAGAGGAGGGCUCAGCAGCAGACAUCACAUGUAACCACGAUGAUGGUAACGCAUCUCCACGGAAACGGAAUCACGAUGACCCCCGAUCCCUGUCUAGGCCACGCCCAGAGAGGCAGGGUGGUCAGAGAGGAGGCGGGGCUGGAUGUUACCAUGGCGAUGGAAAGGGUGACAGGAAAAGGAGGAGGACAGGAUGGGGGGGUGAGGGUUCCUACGGUGGAGGUGUACCAGGUGGCAGAGGAGGAGGAGGUCGCUGCAGCUGCGUUGGCGGCGGCGAGGGCGGAGGUCAUUGCCGCGGUGACGGAGACGUCUGGGAUUCUUCCGGGGGGGUCGGUGUUGGAACACAACUACUCUCUGACCCAGGGGGGGGAUAGACCCUCGCCCUCCAGCCCCAGCUCUGAGACAGAGACAGAGGAGGAGGAGGGGCAGGAGGAGGGAGAGGAGGAGAGGGAAGAGCAAGAGGAGGUAUUGGUGGAGGAGGAGGAGGAAGAGGAGGAGGAAGAAGAGGAGGAAGAGGAGGAGGAAGGGGAGGAUGGAGCAGGGGAUGAGACUACAGUGGAAGCAGAACUGUCCAGCUCGUCAGAAACAGAAUUUGAGGUGGAACCAGAGCGUGGGUGUGGUCCAGGGGAACGGCCCCAGAAGAGAAGGUGUUUCUGGGAGUACCGCCAGGCUCACGCACGGGACUCUGGGAGACAGAAGAAGACGGGAGGGGAGGUCCGAUGGUCCCUCUCUUGGAGCUCUAGCACCCUACCUAGUACCCUAUACCGCAGAGAGGGAAAGAAGGGAAGGCGUAAAGCACGGAAGACGGACGCCAGCGACCUGACCCCUAACCCCGUGAAGCUCACCAACAUCGGAGAGCAGCUGCAGAAACUCAACGCCACCAUAGACGGGAUGGGCCCUGUUAACGACCUGCCUGUUGUGGCCAGGGCACGCUCACGCAAAGAGAAGAAUAAACUAGCUUCCAGGGCCUGUCGGUUGAAGAAGAAAGCGCAGCACGAAGCCAACAAGAUCAAGCUGUGGGGACUCAACCAGGAGUACGAGAACCUGUUGGGGGCGUUGCUGAGGAUCAAGGAGGUGAUUGGUCAGCGGGUGGAGCGAAGCGGAGAGGAGGUGGACAAAGAUGAACGAGGGAUGAUCCAGAGACUGGAGGAUAUACUGAAAGAGUCCAGCGGUCCUCUAGUGGCUGGACGGACCAAAGAGUUUGUCCAGAGGAUCCUGGAGGUGAGUGGAGGGGGACUGACCAAGGCUGGGGCCGGGGGCAAAGACACACAGACCCCCCCUGGACCGGGAGAGGAGACGGCUGCCUAAUGGACCGCCCAUCACCCCUGACCCCCCCUGGACCAGGAGAGGAGACGGCUGCCUAAUGGACCGCCCAUCACCCCUGACCCCCCCUGGACCAGGAGAGGAGACGGCUGCCUAAUGGACCGCCCAUCACCCCUGACCCCCCCUGGACCAGGAGAGGAGACGGCUGCCUAAUGGACCGCCCAUCACCCCUGACCCCCCCUGGACCAGGAGAGGAGACGGCUGCCUAAUGGACCGCCCAUCACCCCUGACCCCCCGGACCAGGAGAGGAGACGGCUGCCUAAUGGACCGCCCAUCACCCCUGACCCCGCCUGGACCAGGAGAGGAGACGGCUGCCUAAUGGACCGCCCAUCACCCCUGACCCCCCUGGACCAGGAGAGGAGACGGCUGCCUAAUGGACCGCCCAUCACCCCUGACCCCCCUGGACCAGGAGAGGAGACGGCUGCCUAAUGGACCGCCCAUCACCCCUGACCCCGCCUGGACCAGGAGAGGAGACGGCUGCCUAAUGGACCGCCCAUCACCCCUGACCCCCCCUGGACCAGGAGAGGAGACGGCUGCCUAAUGGACCGCCCAUCACCCCUGACCCCCCCUGGACCAGGAGAGGAGACGGCUGCCUAACACACCCCUGACCCCCCCUCCACCACCACCUCGCCUCCGACACCCCUCGGACACAGCCACCCACUCCUACCGUCCCCCACUACACUCUGUCACCUGGAGAACAGGUGGCUGGAGAAAGGGAUGGAGAGGGAUGGAGAAAGAGAGGGAGAGGAGAUGGAGGAGGUGGGGGUUACAGCUCAACAGAGACUGAGGUUUGAGUUCAACCCUCCCCUCUGUUUGAGCUCUGUUUCGUUCUGUCUCUUCAGCAGCGAUCUGUAACACACUCUCUUCUUACCUUCGGCUAAUCACCAACACAGGCUAGCUGCUGACGACAUGUGUGAGUCAGCUGAUCUAUGGCUGUGUGUGUGUGUGUGUGUGUGUGUGUGUGUGUGUGUAGUAUGAAUGUGUGUGUGGUUGGUUUAAUCUCUCCGUUCUUCAGUGUACUGUAUUAGUAUCCCAUUGUGCCUAUAUGAAUAGACAUUGCACUGUUUGUAGAUGAUAGAGUAGUUGGCAGGGGGUUGGCAUGAGGGUAGGGUAGGGUAUGGUAAGGGGUAUUUGAGGAUAGGAAGAGAAGGGGGGGGGUCAUGUUCAGUAGGCCACAACGUUCCUGGAAGGUUCAGAUAGAAAUAGACUGUAAUGGAACAGACAUGCAUCUCUGACAUCUAGAGUAAGGAGUCAUGUCUGCUCUAUUCAUGGCAUUGCUAUCUGCAACGUUUAGCAGGCUUGUUUGCACCCUCCUGGAAUCGACCCUGCUAGUAAAGAUCAGUGGGAGGAGACUCUUGUGACCAGCGAGCGACGUAAUUGGUGCUUGCCACAGGGCAUAAAUGAGCACUUUGAUUCGUAGCUGUAUCCUGUCUAUUUCCCUUUGACAAACACCUGGGUCCUGUUCAUCAGGCACCAAAAGGAAAAAAAGACAGAAACAGGGAGGAUUACCUGGACUUCUCCAAUAAGAAACGCAAAUGUUUGUCUUUCCAUUGCAAAACGUCUUAAAACGUUUUCUGUUACGUGGCCUAAUGAACAUGACCCUGAAAUGCAAGUUCCUUCUCUCAGAAAGACCAGAGAACAGAGGAUGAACUGUGAUAACACCAAACACCAGAGCAACUGUAGCAGCUAAGACUUGCAGAGCUUUCGUCACAGAAUUAGAAGGAAGAAAAAUAAACUUGAAAAAAAGUAGCUAUUAAAUGCACCUUAAAUCCAACCGACCAAAGAUGACAUGAAAAGCUGAAAUUUCAAAGAACUGGAAUGAAAGCUGAAGUGAUCAGCUCUUACCCAACCCUCUCUCCUACUACUACUGCCAUUAUCCAAUCAUUGUAUCAUCAAUCUGAAGAUGAAGUUGAAUUGAUUAACAAAAAAACGUUGAUCGUUUUAAUGUUUACCCUCACACAUUCUUUAUGAAAAGGAUGCCUUUUGUUACCUGUAUUAUUGCCUGAAAGGUCGAUUUGAUACAUCAAUCAGACAUUCAUUAAAUCACUGUUAAUAUUCAAUCUGAGAGGAUUGUUGGGUAAGGCUAGCGUAUACAGGACAUGCCCAUAGAGAUGAAUAGAGGGCGCACUUCCUAUAAAGUUAGGUGUUCUCUCUUUCCCGUCUCUAUGGAAGUGACUGAAAGCUCCUAUCGGUCUGCCUUUAGCUCUACAGCAUAACGCUGUCUGGGUGUUUGUGUUCAAUGUUAACAGAAAACAAAAAGGGACGUGUCUGUCCUCGAUGCCUUCUCCACGCCUUCUGCUUCGUCUGACUCCUAAUGUGAACCUGUAGCGCACCUUCCUUUCUGAAAGGCAACAAGAGUCAACAGCUAUUGUGGUGGAGCGUUUUUUGUUAAGUUUGUCGAUAAAGUUAUUUGUGUUUUGUUUAUUCACAAAGCCAUGUUCCCACAAAGUGGGGAUGGUCUUUUAGCGACUAGCGAGUGUCUGAGUUCUGCUCUGUUCUGCCCAUAGAGUUAGAAAGAGGGCCCAUCUUUUUUUUCUAGAGCCCUCUUUUUAACUCUAUGGUGCUGCCUUUCUUGGCCAAGCCAAAGGUGGUCUUGUGGCAGAAGUCUGACGCGAUGCAGACCAGAGUACGUCGUGUUUUAAAGGCCAGUGAGUGUCGUUGGUCACGCCAGUCACACAACCUAUUUUCACUGCGGUGGGUACAACCAAACACCUUCUAAAGAGUAAUAUAUCUGUACCUUUUUUAAAUGAUUAUUGAUUGAGAGCCUAUUUGUUGUAUUUGGUCAUGGUUUUUCAGCAACAGAAACUGUUGUUGUCUGGGUCUGUAUAGGGUGAAUAUGGUUUCUGGUUCAGUAUACUAUAGUAUACGGUGCUCUGGUGAAAUGCAACUUCUCACCUGAGCAACAGCAUGGCAGAACAUUCUGCUAACGUUAAAAGGGCAAUGUUGUGUUAACCUAGAAAGAGCAAUGUUGUUUUAAAGUAGAAAGAGCAACUUUGUUAAUGUUGAAAGAGCAAUGUUGUGCUAAUGUAGAAAGAGCAAUGUUGUAUUAACCUUGAAAGAGUAACGUUGUGUUAACCUUUUUAAGAGCAAUAUUGUGCUAAAGUUGAAACAUUGUGUUAAAGGUCCAAUGCAGAUGUUUUUAUCUUUAAUAUUAAAUAAUUUCAGGGUAAAAAUUAAGUACCUUAAUAUGAUUGUUUUCAGUUAAAAUUGUCAAAAAUUAUAGCUUCUUAGCAAAGAGCAAUUUACGGACUGUCUGGGAGGGGUCUGA